AUGAGCAGCUCGGCGCCGCCGCGCUGGACGCGGCCGGCGCAGUUCCUCGUGUACCUGGUGCCCGUGGGCGGCAUCCCGGCGGACGUGUUCGCGGGCUACGCGCGUCUCCUGCAGCGCCACAGCGAGCUGCCGCUGUGCAGCCUGACGCGGCCCGGGGGCUACGCGGCCGAGCUGUCGCCGUUCCGCGGGCUGGACUGGGCGGGCGCGGGCUCGCUGCGCUUCCGCUUCGUGUCGACGGCCGAGCGCGUGGACGCCUGCGAUGGAGAGGACGCGCACGCGAGCCGCCGCGUCGUGGGCGUGCUGGGCGUGUGCCACAGUCCGUCGCUGACGCUCAGCGGCGGGCUGCGCGCGGCCCACGCGCAGUUCGAGGCGUCGGUGCGGCGCUUCCCGGGGCUGCUGCUGCACAAGCUCUUCGCCUUCGAGCACGCGUUCGAGGACGCCACGGCCGCCGAGUGCGAGGGGCUCGGGGACCUCGUCAUGUUCCCCGUGCACCACGAGCUGGAGGGCACGGGCGAGUCCACCGUGAGUCUGCACCUGCAGGUCGUCAUGGACACGCUGGCCGUCAACGUGCUCAUGUCGCUGGAGAGCGCCAUCCGCUCGGCCACGUCCAGCGCUGCUGCUACAGCCGCCGCGUCCACACCCAGAGCUGCAAGCGGAGGAGACCUGGUCAGCGUCCUGCUGGACGUCAGCGUGGAGCCGCAGCAGACGCACGCCAUGCAGCAACAACAGCAGCAGCAGCAGUCGGCCUCGUCUCCUUUGGUGCUGUCACGCGACGCCAAGGGGGACGCGGUCUUCGGGUCUGCUGCGAGUCCGACGUCGCGCUCGUCCGGGAGCUCAACGGGACCGUCGUUCACGUCGAUCCCUUCGCCACUAGCGGCCGGAGUCGCCGCGCUGGACCCGCGCAAUCGGCGGCGGAAGCGGCAGCUGGCGCGCAGGGAGAAGCUGCUGGGCGACUACAGCGUGCUGGUGAGCUGCAUCUCGGACGCCAUGGACCACUACACAGUCGCAGUCGAAAUGCUACGCGAGGAAGAAAGACGCAGCGGUGGCGCGCCGGGGGACGCCCUGUGGCUCGCGGCCGCGCUGGAAGGGUACGUGUAUUGCUUGUAUUGCGAGGCGAAGGACAAGUUCUCGACGGAGCUCGUGGAAAAGGCCUCCGAGGCCGUCGCGCUGUACGCGAAGGCUGGCACGACGGAGCUCGAGAGUCUGCUGAUCGAGAACCUCGGCUGGUAUUACGCAGCUGUGUCGGCCGCGACGUUAAGGCGGUCGUCGAUGUCAGGAGAAGCGAAAGUGCUGGAGAGUCUGUGGACCAAGCGACUGCUGUGGGACGCGCUGGAGCGAGGACUCAUGCUGUUUCCGGAGCUCCAGCCGCAGCGCCAGGUCGAGUUCUUGAUCCAGACGAGUCGGAUGCUGGAGAGUGUGGGCCACCGUCGACGUGUGGCGCUCUUUCUCCAUGAAGCUGGCUCGCUUUUGCUAGCUCGGAACGCGCCUGCUAUGGAUUCUCAGCUCAGGCUGCUGCUGUCGCCCUCCAGUGUGGCGAAAGGGUCUCAGCGGCAACGAGACUUAGAGGCAGCUCUCUUGCUGGAGCGUGUGGCAGCAGAACGUCUGGGCAUUCAGGAUAAAAGUGCGAGGAGAGACGCGUUGCCGUGGGAAGUCACGACUCUGUAUCGCAGGAACAGGAGGAGGAAAGCACCAGGUACCGAAGCGUUCGCUAGCGUUCCCGACAACUCGUGGUUGAUUAUUCGUUUCCACGUCCUACGGCAGCUCCUGACGAUCGCGAGGAUGCUCGGAGACGCGUUCCUCGUUGGGACUUAUUGUAUUCAGCUGCUGGAGAUGCUGGUGUGGUGCGACUCCAUUGCCGUGCAAGGCGCGGAUCCCUCGUCACCAGCUAUGAGAAGGUCAGGCGCUGUAGGCUCAGCGCUACUAGUGGACCAUCUCCAACAGCCCGCUACGUCACUUCGCGUUGCCCAUAUGCCAGCAGAUCGUGCGACCACCGGACUCCAUGCAAAAGGGGGCGUGUAUAAUUCUCCUCCGCCGGGCAUUGAUACGAGAGUGAGGCGGAACUUUAUCAACUCCCCUUCGGCUACCAUGUCAAACGCGGCGGCAACCUUAUCGUCGACGCUGACCAACACACCUCGAAUUCUGGCCACGCCGCGGCAACAAUUCUCCGCAGCAGUGAAUGCGAUUUCUACGAAGGCGUCGCCAGCGUUCACGCCGUUCUCACAUCCUCACCAUAAUCACAAUGGUGUCGCAAGUCGAGCUGGUGGCUUGGAAGAACGCGUACCAGCUUCACGGAUGAUGGCAAACUUGGCGGAUGGGAGGGAGCCCGGAAGUGCUGCGAUGAAUGGAGAUGCUGGUGGGAUCAGGACGUUUCGGACGCUAGGUAUCAGCGACAGCGAGAGCGACGGGAAGCUUCACCUUGGCGUGCAGGCAGAGGGUCCCGCUGUAUGGAACUUGCGGUCGAAGACAGAGAUUGCCAAGAUUGAGCGGAAGCUUCUCAACCUGCUGGAGUCCGAUUGCACAACGCUGCGAGCAAGUGAACAAGUCCAGUUGUCUACUUUUCUUCGUGUGGACAAGCUCAGGUUACGCUCGAGCUGCAACUUGCAGCACCCAUUUCUCUCGCGAGCGACGGCUUUGGGCAUAUUUGGAGUGCAACCCACAUCGAGCCAGCAAGCUGCCAAGUCGGACUUCUUUUACUCGCCCUUUGAGAAGCAGAAAAUGAUGCGGAAGGCAGCACAGCAUGGGGGUGACGAAGACGACGACAUUGACGAUGCGCCUGCCAUGUAUGAAAGGGGCUUUCCUGUUCACGAGAGAAUCGAGCUGCAGCUGACGAUAUCGAAUCCGACGGGCGUGGCCGUAAAACUCCAGCAGGUGAAAGCGUGGGUGACGUUUGUUGAGGAGGGCGCUGGAGCGGGUGCGAUGGGCAGUGGUGCUAGUGCGGUCUUACAAGACGAUGGCGUGGAAUGUUACCCCAGUUUUCUCACUCUAGGUCCCUAUGAGAAGCGCAAGACUGUGGUGCUGGGGAUUCAGCCGUUAAGAGUGGGGGCUUUCCACGUUCGUGGGUGCUUCAUCAAGACGUUUAACAUUACGACGUCGUUCACGCUGAAUAAUCCCGUCAGCAUUCGUGUCGUUGUCAAUCACAAUGGCAAUCCCAGUAGUAGCUCCGGGGAGGUUGAAACUCAUCUUCUAUCGCUGAGCUGCGGUAGUGUUGUAUCUUCUCCGCUUCCGCUGUCGAGCGGCGAUUUCGUGAGUAUUCCGUUCGAAGUAUCGUUACGAGGAAACAAGACCGUGGGGGAAUCAGCAUCAGAGAACGACAUCCAGGUCGAAUGGAGUUUCGUAUAUGCUGACGAAACUUGCGCGGGCGAAGUCUUCUACCGCGAAAGCAAGCUCGCACUGGAGCUCGUGUCGCUUCCGUCUCUAAUGCUCCGAUCGGUUGCGUUGCUCCCGUGCAGCGUGGAGCAGAUUCCUCCUACCCAGGAGACCGAUACGGGUAACCCGGCACAAGCAUCCACGACAGAUCAUUUGUAUUGCGCCAUGAUAGUCCACGUCGCCAAUCCCACAGAAACGACAUUUCGCUUUCGGCUACGCCGUGACAUCGACGACAGCGGAGACGUCACGUGCGAGGCGGAAAUCGGCCGGCAAUGCUCUCGCCGCUUUGUGGUGGAAGUCCCGCGUCUGUCAUCUCUAGGGGGAGGGCAAGGACCGGAGCUUACAGACACGCUGAACGAUCUGCUGGAGGUGGAGUGGGAAACGUACUUCGGGACUCACGGACGACUGCGCUGCGAGGACUUUCACCUCGGGUCGAUUGCGGCACAAGAGCAAAUGACGCGAGAAUUGCUGCUUCCUCCGAUAAGCCUGCAAGUUCAUUCGCCCGUUGAAGCACCCACGUCGAUGGCUGUGGAGGCUAAAGCGCAGAAUGGAGACAUCAGCGGGAUGAAACCAGGACGGCAAGGUAGAGCCGCCCUCCACCCGCUGAACUUCUUCCAGGCGGCGCAUUUGCGAGCGGAGUCUCGGACUCUGCAAGCCGAUCUGUUCCAGUACGUCCCGAUUGGUGUCACAAUUCAACGGACUUUUGAUGGGGAGAUGCAAUUCUCCGGGGUUGAAGUGGAGGUGGCAAUCACAGAGGAGGGCGAAGAAAUACUCGGUGAGGUGAGAGAGCACGUGGUGGUUGUGGGCUUGCUCAAGACCCAACUCACGUGGACUGGUCCUAUGGAGGAGGAGGCUGCGAAGAGCCACGAGAUCCAGUGUAUGUUUUUGUCGGAGGGAAACUUCCGUGUCGCUGUGUGUGGGCGGCUACUGGACGCAGACAAGAAGCAAGUCGGUGGGGAAAUCUGGUGCCACCAGCCACUGCACGUGUGCGUCCGAUCGGAAGACGCGGAGAAGACCGCGCAUCAUAUUUAA